AUGCCCCAAAACCCCAUUCAGGUGGUUGAGGUCUUUGAUAUCUGGGGUAUCGAUUUCAUGGGUCCGUUCCCCAUGUCGAGGGGGAACCGAUACAACCUAGUCGCAGUGGAUUAUGUUUCUAAGUGGUUGGAGGCAGAGGCAUUGCCUACGAAUGACGCGAGGGUUCUUGUGAGAUUCUUGAGGAGGUUGUUUGCUAGGUUCGGGACAUCGAAGUCCUUGAUAUCUGAUCGGGGCACCCACUUCUGCAAUUCACAGAUAGAGAAGGUCUUGAAACGCUAUGGGGUCACCCAUCGGCUUUCGACGGCCUAUCAUCCACAAACAAGUGGGCAGGUGGAAAAUUCGAAUAGGGGGAUUAAGAGGAUCUUGGAGAAAACUGUCGGAAACAGUCGUAUUGAUUGGUCCGAGAAGUUAGAUGACGCUCUGUGGGCUUUCCGUACUGCUUAUAGGACGCCUAUUGGGACCACACCAUUUAAGUUAGUUUAUGAGAAAGCGUGUCAUCUACCGGUGGAGCUAGAGCAUCGUGCAUACUGGGCACUGAAGGCAGUCAAUCUUGACUUGCCAGCUGCGGGUAAGAACCGGUUUCUUCAGAUGCACGAGUUAGAGGAGUUGCGCGACGAGGCGUAUGAGAAGUCGUGGGCAUAUAAAGAGUGUACUAAGGCGUUGCACGACAAACACUUGAAGCAGGUGAAAGAGUUCAAGUGUGGGGAGAAAGUGUUGCUAUACAAUUCCCGGUUGAAGCUGUUCCCGGGAAAGUUGAGAUCGCGUUGGCACGGACCGUAUGUGGUUAGGCAGGUGUUUCCGUACGGGACAAUUGAGGUUGAGAAUGAGGACGGUCAGAGGUUCAAGGUCAAUGGGCAUCGAUUGAAGCAUUUUGUCGAGGGAGCAAUAGAGGAUCGAGAGGAGGAGGUGAUUAACCUCCCCGUUAUGAGCACGUGA